AUAUCUGUACAUCUCACGGACACAGGCCAACCUUUCAAGAGAGAUUUUCGCUCCCGUUCUACGUCCCGCCCUGCAAAAAGGAAAAAAAAAAAAAUUGCCCUUCUUCUUCCCUCUUUUGGUGUCCACCCAUCUGAGACAAGGCGACAAGGUCGAGUCUUUCGACGAGAAAUGAGCGUCCAGGUACCUGCGACGAGGACCCGCGUGGGGAGGUACGAGCUAGGCAAGACGAUCGGGGAAGGCAGCUUUGCCAAGGUCAAGUUCGCCAAGCACCUCGACUCCGGCGACUCCUUUGCCAUCAAGAUCAUCGACCGCCAUCACGUCCUCCGUCAUAAGAUGGUCGAGCAGAUAAAGAGAGAAAUAGCAACCAUGAAGCUGAUCAAGCAUCCAAACGUUAUUAAAAUUUUCGAGGUCAUGGCCAGCAAAACAAAGAUCUACAUUGUUCUUGAGUUCGUUGAUGGUGGCGAGCUCUUUGACAAAAUAGCAAGACAUGGAAGGCUAAGAGAGGAUGAAGCCAGGCGCUAUUUUCAGCAACUAAUUGACGCUGUGGACUACUGUCAUAGCAGGGGUGUUUACCAUAGAGAUUUGAAGCCUGAAAAUCUGCUUCUAGACACCUAUGGAGUCCUCAAAGUUUCAGAUUUUGGAUUGAGUACGUUCUCAAAGAAAGUGAGGGAGGAUGGGUUGCUUCAUACUGCCUGUGGAACACCGAAUUAUGUAGCUCCUGAGGUCUUGACUAAUAAUGGAUAUGAUGGUACAUCAUCCGAUAUUUGGUCUUGUGGGGUAAUUCUUUUUGUAUUAAUGGCUGGAUACUUGCCUUUUGAUGAAGCCAAUGUCAUUGCUCUGUACAGAAAGAUCUGCAACGCUGAUUUUGCAUGUCCUUCAUGGUUCUCAUCUGGUGCAAAGAAUCUUAUUAAAUGUAUUCUUAAUCCAAGUCCUCUCACGCGAAUAACAAUUCCUGAAAUCCGGGAAGAUGAAUGGUUCAAGAAGGGUUACAGGCCACCUCACUUCGAGCAGGAAGAGGAGGUAAAUCUUGACGACAUUGAUGCUGCUUUCAAUGAUUCACAGGAACGUCUUGUAACAGAGCGGAAAGAGAGGCCUGAAUCCAUGAAUGCGUUUGAGCUUAUUUCUAGGUCACAAGGAUUCAAUCUCGAAAGUUUAUUCGAGAAGCAGAUGGACCUUGUGAAGCGAGAGACCCGAUUUACUUCUCAGCACCCUGCAAAUGAAAUCAUGUCUAAAAUUGAAGAAACUGCUAAGCCUUUGGGCUUUAAUGUUGAUAAAAGAAACUACAAGAUGAAACUGCGGGGUGAUAAAACUGGAAGAAAAGGUCACCUGUCCGUGGCUACAGAGGUCUUUGAGGUGGCUCCUUCACUCCACAUGGUUGAGCUUCGUAAAAUUGGUGGCGACACGUUGGAGUUUCAUAGGUUCUAUAAGAGCUUCUCAUCGGGCUUGAAGGAUAUAGUUUGGCAAUCUGAUGAAACUGCUCGUCGGGCUUGAAGGAUAUAGUUUGGCAAUCUGACGAAACUGCUGAUUUAAGAAAUCAGACCAAACUUACCAUCAGAUACUGUUGCUAAAGUUUUUGUCUGUCUUCAUCCCGUGCACAUUUAAUCUGAGCACUGGCAUUCCACAUAAGAAAGGAUGUGUGGAGGAUGUGGCAGGUUGCGUCAGAGGCGGGGUUUUAAGCUAUCUUUAGUGAAGGAGAUUGAACCUUUGCUGAACAUUAUCUUGGUUCUUAUAUUUCUUUUUCGUUUCUCUCUC